UAAAUUACUUGUUUCUUUUCUUGGGCUCUCUUUCCCAGACACCAAUAUUUGAGAAUUUGUGUCAAAUUCUGCGAUGGGUAUUCAAUUCUUGGCACUUUUAACAUCAGUACAUGCAAAAAUUGAGCUGGCUAAGCAAAUAAUGGAAUAUCUUAAGCUUUUUCCUCAGUGGCAAAAAAAUGUCAAAGAACAAGAUGAAAAGGUAAAGACUCUCAAAAGAAAACGUGACGCAUUGAUCGAUUUAGCGGGGGAUGUCAAUGAAGAAGUAAAAGCAGCAGAGAUCCAACCCGGAAAGAAGCCAAGGAGAGAAGUAGAGACUUGGUUGAAAAAUGUAGAGACAAAGAAAGACGACAUUCGAAAAUUAGAAGAAAAAGUUGGGGAGAAAAAGUACCUCCUAUUUUCAUGGUUGGAAAGUAGUGUAGAGAGGAAUCUUCAAGAAGUGAAGGAGCUUUAUGAGCAGGGUCAAUUUUCCGAUGGUCUCUUUCUUGACGUGCGCUCAACAAGCGGAGAGCCGUUGCUGACGCAAAAAUUGGUCGGUAGGGAUUCGAAUCUGAAAACGAUUUUCGAAUGGUUGAAUGACUCAAGUGUGUCGAGAAUCGGAGUUUAUGGAGAAAGGGGUGUUGGGAAAACAGCCAUUUUGACUCAUAUCCAAAAUGGACUAACACAAAAUAAUACUACAUUUGAGCAUGUUUAUUGGGUGGGCGUACCAGAACAGCCUAGUGUUCAGAAAUUGCAGGGUGUGAUUGCAAGACAAGUCGGGUUGAACCUCUCAGAUGAGGAAGACAAGAUAAUAAGGGCGUCGAAGUUGCAUAACGCGCUUACAAGAACAGGAAACUGUGUCAUCAUAUUGGAUGGUGUUGGGAGGCUAUCUACAGAGGAAGUUGGGAUUCCAGAUGGGGAAAAAGGGUGUAAAAUGGUGUUGAGUACUGGUUCCUUGAGGCAUUGCCUGAGGAUGAAUUGUGAGAAAACUCUUGAGAUAGAGCCACUUUCUCAUGAUGAAGCAUCGACCUUGUUUAGGCAAAAACUGGCCAAUAGAAACACUCUUGGACAAGAAAUUGAGAACAUUGUGGAGCAAAUUGUCAAAGAGUGUCAAGGUUUGCCCCUUUGGAUUAUGAAUGUUGCUGAUAGAUUGAGGGGAGUGGAUGACAUUAAUGAGUGGAGGAAUGCAUUGACAGAGGUGACUGAGUAUAGAAAAGGUCUUGCUGAUUAGUUUUCUUUGUGUUUGUGUGUUAGGGUUUUUUUGGCUAGGAAUUUGCUCAAAUUUUAUGUUUUCAGAGUUGUAGAAAUUGGUCAUUACAUUUUGACCAAAAACUUGU